AUCUUUGUAUAUUACGCCCAAGCUGUGUUUGAAAUUUCAACUUUCCCUUGUAAAAUUUAUACUAAAUUCGUAUACAGUAAUCUUAUUGAUUAGUGGCCCGAAUUUACAAGUAAUGGCGCUAGUUGUUUUGAGGUGGGCCCCGCAAAGCAGAGACAUAGCGGAGAACACACAGUCUACUGUUCAUUUAUCGGCGUCACGUGUCAGGUCACGGGCCACAUGACUAUGAUCCAGUCGCUCCGCGGAGUGUGGCUGCCGCGACGGGGAGGAACGCGGAUGGGGUGGACGUGAGUUCCCAGAUGGAAGCGGGCCGCGUGGACUUCUAUAUCGGCCUCUGCCUGGCCGUGUCCUCCAGUGUUUUUAUCGGCGGUAGUUUCAUUCUGAAGAAGAAAGGCCUGCUGCGAUUGGCCGGCAAGGGCUCCAUGCGAGCAGGUCAAGGCGGCUACGCUUACCUAAAAGAAUGGCUCUGGUGGGCGGGGCUCAUUUCAAUGGGAGUCGGCGAGGCCGCCAACUUUGCCGCGUACGCGUUUGCCCCCGCCACGCUCGUCACCCCCCUGGGAGCUUUGAGUGUGCUUGUAAGUGCCGUGCUGUCGUCGUACUUCCUGAACGAGCGUCUGAACGCGCACGGCAAAUUGGGCUGCCUGCUAUGCGUGCUGGGCUCCACCGUCAUGGUGGUGCACGCCCCGCAGGAAGAGGAGGUGGCGUCCCUCAGCGCCAUGGCACAAAAGCUGAAAGACCCAGGUUUCAUUGCGUUUGCGGCGUGUGUUGUGGGCAGCAGCUUGGUGCUUAUCUUAGCGGUGGUGCCGCGCUUCGGACAGAAGAACGUGCUGGUCUACAUCACGAUCUGCUCCGUCAUCGGCUCCCUGUCCGUGUCUUGCGUCAAGGGUCUGGGCAUCGGUAUUAAAGAACUGGUCGCCGGGACCGCUGUGCUAAGGGAGCCCCUCUUCUGGUCCUUGCUGGUCUGCCUGGUGCUGUGCGUCAGCAUCCAGAUCAGCUACCUAAACAAGGCCCUGGACAUCUUCAACACCUCCAUCGUCACGCCCAUCUAUUACGUGUUCUUCACUACGUCUGUGAUCGCCUGCUCCGCCAUCCUCUUCAGGGAGUGGCUGCGGAUGAGCCUGAAUGCCGUGGUGGGCACCAUCAGCGGCUUCCUCACCAUCGUGCUGGGCAUCUUCAUGCUACACGCCUUCAAGGACAUCACCUUCAGCUGGGACUCUGUGCCCCUCUACCUGAAGAAGGGGCCCCGAGACUCAUGCCAGGGGCCCCAGCCUUACGCGGCCCUCUUUGGCCACGACAUUCAUGCUGAGGGGAAUGUGAACCCGCCCUUGCGGGGAGGCACCAAAGAUGGGUGGGCCUCGGAACAAGAGAAAGACCGCUAAAGUAAAAGCAGGCGUACAGUGGGAGAAAAAAAAAAAAAUACACGUAUGUAUGUGCACCCUUUGGGGUGUCGGAAAUUUUUGCAUAAAUUGACCGUAUUCUUUUUCCUCCCACUGUCCAACCGGCAUACCAAAAAAAAAAAAAAAGAUAUUUUAUUUUUUUUUGUAGGCCGCUCCUUCCUGAACUUUAUCUUUUCUUUGUUCCCUCCCUCUCUCCUUUCUUCUGGAAGUUUUUUUUUUUUUUUUUUUUAACUGCACCCUACCUCCCUUUGCUGAAACCCACUUUUCUUGUUUCCUUCCCAUCUUUUUUGCAGGCAUCUCCCCCAAUUCAUCUCUUUUUCGGUAAAAGAUGAAAGUUGAGCGUGCUCAUUCUGCUGUGUGGGAAUGGUUUAGUUUCCCUCCAGCUUCAUAAAGUGUUUCAAUUUGGAGUCCUGGUCGCCAACCAAUGGCUGGGCAUUCAAACAACCAUUUGCGCACACAUUCAAAUUCGAGUCUUCAAUGAACCUACGUUUUGGAUCUUGGGACGAAAACCAGAGUACCCAGAGAAAACCCACACAGGCACGGGGAGAACAUGCAAACUCCACUGAUGGUUUCUUCCCUUUUAUGUACUUCAUUGAUUUGCAUCCCUCCAGCUCCUUUUUUUACUUUUCUUCCUCUUGUACCUGUUUAUUACUGCUUUAAAAUUCCUUUUCUCCAAUGAAAAAGACAAAAAAAAUUAUUUGGACUCCAGCAGUCUUUUCGGCUCUAAAGUGUCCAUUUUACUAAAUUCCGGGGGAUAUUUUCCAUCUGCUAGGAUUAGAGUUGUUGCUGUUCUCCUUUCAAACAACAACAAAAAAAAGUGCAUGAAAGAGUAAACACAAUGUUGAUCCUCAGACACCCGCCUGCAAUGAGGUCAUGCAAAUGUGCAAAAUUUAAGCCCCACCCCUAAGUACACCUCUCUUACGUAACUGCAACAUUGUAUAUAAAGAAUAAUCUCAUCCUUACAAACAUUGAAGAACAUAUAAAAGAAAGCACUAUAAAUCAACUUAUGAUAAAGAAGGAAUUGAUUCAUGUCGUUAAUUGUGUUCUUCAGGGUCUUCCCCCCCACAUCGCAGGUUGCACCCCACUAUUUGAGAAGCCCCGCCAUACAGGAAGUCAGUCCAUAGUUUGAAGUUCUACCAUAGCGCUUUCUAGCUUUAGAAUGUAACACAUCUUGUUUGUAUGUUGUUGUUUUUUCUGCACUUCAAUCACAUUCUAUCUUCUGAUGAUUGUAACAUCUCACAUGACCAAAGAAGAAUGUUCCUCCUGUUGACUUUGUGUAUUUUACAUACAAAAAGCAUAAAUGGCUGAAUCACUGGCAA